CUUAAUGGCUUGCCAGAACCUUUGAUGACUGCCUAUCUCUUGUCUUUAUUUAAUGAAACUGGGAGAGGUUUAAUCUCUCCAAAGGCGGAACCUGCUAGCAAGGGAGAAGAGAAGGCAAGCAAAAACUUAAGGAUCGCAUUAAACUCGCCCGCCUUGUAUUAAUUGCUGCUUUUUAACCUGGGAGAAAAAAAAAGGGGGGAGGGAAAAAAAACAAGCAACGAAAAGAAGAAGUGUGGGGAAAAAAAUAGAAGAGAAAUCACGAUGAUGCCAGAGUGGUUACAUAAAGAGCCAUCUGAUUCAAGAGUCACCACUUCCAUCCAGAAAUCUCCCUUGCAGAUUGGGAAACCGUCUGCUGUUGUUAUUGGCUGACAUGCAUUUCUUUUUCUCAGACCAAGUGAUUCUCCUGUUUGACUUCUGGGAUGUCCACAGUGCAGGAGGGAUGGUACUCUCUGUGUUCAUCAUCAUGCUACUCACCGUGUUAUACGAAGGCAUCAAAGUUGGCAAGGCAAAACUGAUCCGACACUCACAUUUGGCCGUGGCCCCUAGCAUCAGUCAGGAAAACCUCAGAGAAGGGAUCUCCCUGAACUCGGAAGUGGGGUCAACCACCAGUUCCCUAAAGAAGCGUCUUUCGUGGCACCUAGCGGAGACCUUCCUCCACGUGGUCCAGGUGUUUUUGGGUUACCUGGUGAUGCUGGCCGUCAUGACUUACAACACAUGGAUUUUCCUGGGAGUGAUUGUGGGUUCGGCCAUCGGAUACUUCCUGGCGUAUCCGCUACUAUGCCUCAGAUAGCAGCGUGGUAGCUUCUCGUAGAGACAGCUCAAAACUGAAAAUCAGGCCGAUUUUGCAACUGGAAUGGAUUCUACUGGGACAAGUCCUCUCCAGAAGAGAUCUGAGGUUCUCGCCGGGCUUCAUUUGAUCUCUCGUCUUGGCCGACACUUCUAAUACUCUAAAAUAGCCAUUGUGCUUCCAAUUCCAAAUAAUUUUUUUCCUAAGUGCCUUAAUACGGACUUUUCUCACGUCCAGAAAGUUAACUUCAAGGAGAGUGUCCCUCUACCCCCAUCUAGAGGUAAAGGGCACAAUAUGGUUGUCCUUAAAGAUUGCCUUCAAACCCUACAGAAUGUGUUUGGGAUGGGAUAGCUCCAGGGGUGAAAUCCAGCAGGUUCUGGAGAACUGGUAGUGGAAAUUUUGAGCAGUUCGGAGAACCGGCAAAUACCACCUGUGGCUGACCUCCGAGUGGGGAGGGAAUGGAGAUUUUGCAAUAUCCUUCCCCUGCCACGCCCACCACGCCACACCACGCCCACAGAACCGGUAGUGAAAAAAAAUUGGAUUUCACCCCUGGGUAGCUCUGAUCAAUUUAUCUUUGGUCACUCUUAAAUCUCACCCACUUAAUUUUGAUUUGCUUGGAAAAUAAAGCCGCCAGCAGAAAUGUAGAAAGUGGGGAGGAAGGGGAAAAUGUUGCCCCAAAACCUUAAAGAGAGUAAUUGGGAUAUAUAUCCUAUUAUCUACUUAAAGAGUACAAUAAGCUUUCAAAGCAUAGUUGGAAAAAUUCCUUCGUCAACACCACGAUCUGAAGCACUUUAACAAAUCUGGUCUGUUUCUAUUCUCAAUGCUUAUUCUGCUUUUUUAACUCCCGUUCUCCCAGAUGUUUUCAUGAAGCCAACAUCCUGUCAACGCAAUGGGCAAUUAAGAUAAUUCAUCAAAGAAUCUUUAUUUCACAGACUGGGUCACUAAUCUAGGAAUUCAGGGCCCAGAAAGAACCAUCACGAUCGCUGUAUAGAUGUGUUUUUUUUUAAGUACAGGAAAGUCCUCGACGUACGACCACAAUGGAGCUCAAAAUUUCCGUGGCUAAGUGUGACGUUCGUUGAGUUUUGCCCCCCGCCCCCAUUUUGCGACUUCUCUUGCCACCGUGGUUAAGUGAAUCCCUGCCAUUAAUCAGUCAGUAACCCGGUGAAUCUGGGUUUUCCCGUUGACUUGGCUGGUCAGAAGGUCGCAAAAUGGGAUCACAGCAACGGUCCUAAAUACAAACCGGUUGCCAAGCGUCUGAAUUUUGAUCACACCGUUACGAGGAGGCUGUUAAGCGUGAAAAACGGCCGUAAGUCCCUUUUUCCGGUGCCGUUGUGACCAUCUGUCUGGAAUAAUGUAGCUUCUUCUGUUUGAGCAGGGGGUUGGACUAGGAGACCUCUAAGGUCCCUUCCAACUCUAUCAUUCUGUAUUAAGAGACGAACAAUUGAAUAGCGUGGUGAACAAAGAUCUGCCAUUUUAAUUUACUUUUAAUUUACUUGGAUAGUUUUAAACCAGUUACCUUCUCCCUGUAAAGAAUGCUGCGAAGGAAACGAGAGGUCAUUUGCCUUUACAAAUUCUGUGUGUUUUUAAGUUGUCGGCACCCAUUGUAAAAGUGUUGAACAUUCCUUUCUGGGGAAUGAAAGAUUCCAAGGAAUUCCAGACUAUGUCAUUUUGCUUCUAGACCAUGAUUAUUUUGGAUGAAAAAUCACAUACAGAAAAAACGUUUAGGUCAUCCCCUGAAUCGUAGAGUCUGGAAGAUAAACGCAGAAUCCCUUGGAAUGAAAUUUUGCACAUCUCUAGCACCUACUAAAACUAUGUUAAAAAUGAAGCGAUUGUGAAAUGUAUUUUUUAAAAAGUCCAAUAAAUGUGUUUACUAAUUCUCUA